AACUCUCACAGCAAUGCUUCAGGUUGGGGAAUAACCCCUAGCAGACAGCUGAUGUGAGCAUGUGCACACAGCUUUGGCUCCCCGUGGCACAGCAGCUACUAGGAAAACUAUUUCGAAAAGACCUGAAUGCAUAAGACCAAAGUUAAAGUGAAAAAGAGAACAAAAAAGCAAAGAGCAGACUUUCAGCUGAGAAUGAGUAUUUUGAAGCCUAAGAUUUUUAAGUGAGGGUGAUCAGAGUACUACCUGAAAGAGACAAAACAUUCCAUUUCAAGCUUCGGAGCAUGUGACAUUCACUUACAACGGGCAUGCCAGUUGCAGCCUCACCAGUUUUGGACAGAUAAAGACGUGGAGGAAAAUCGUGGGGGCCACCUGAUCCAGGAGGCUAGAUCAGUUCGAAGGGAAUUUGAAUCCACUCGGCACAGGAUGAACUCAACUCAUCACCAUGGAAUGCACACUUCUCCCCACUUCUGGAACCGCAGCGCCUACGGACUAUACGGCAAUGCCAGUGAGUCCCUGGGAAAAGGCUACUCGGACGGAGGCUGCUACGAGCAACUCUUCGUUUCUCCUGAGGUGUUUGUGACCCUGGGUGUCAUCAGCUUAUUGGAGAAUAUUCUGGUGAUUGUGGCAAUAGCCAAGAACAAGAACCUACAUUCACCCAUGUACUUUUUCAUCUGUAGCCUGGCUGUGGCUGAUAUGUUGGUGAGCGUGUCGAAUGGAUCGGAAACCAUUGUCAUCACCCUCCUGAACAGUACAGAUACAGAUGCGCAGAGUUUCACAGUGAACAUUGAUAAUGUCAUCGACUCAGUGAUCUGUAGCUCCUUGCUCGCGUCAAUUUGCAGCCUGCUUUCGAUUGCGGUGGACAGGUAUUUUACUAUCUUUUAUGCUCUCCAGUACCACAACAUCAUGACGGUUAAGCGGGUUGGGAUCAUCAUAAGUUGUAUCUGGGCAGCGUGCACGCUUUCGGGCAUUUUGUUCAUCAUUUACUCGGACAGUAGUGCUGUCAUCAUCUGCCUCAUCACCGUGUUCUUCUCCAUGCUGGCUCUCAUGGCUUCUCUGUAUGUGCACAUGUUCCUCAUGGCCAGACUUCACAUUAAGAGGAUCGCUGUCCUCCCAGGCGCCGGCACCGUCCGCCAAGGAGCGAACAUGAAGGGGGCCAUUACCUUGACUAUAUUGAUUGGGGUCUUUGUGGUCUGCUGGGCCCCAUUCUUCCUCCACUUAAUAUUCUACAUCUCUUGUCCCCAGAAUCCAUACUGUGUGUGCUUCAUGUCUCACUUCAAUCUGUACCUCAUACUGAUCAUGUGUAACUCCAUCAUCGACCCUCUAAUUUAUGCACUCCGGAGCCAAGAACUACGGAAAACCUUCAAAGAGAUCAUCUGCUGCUAUCCUCUGGGAGGGCUUUGUGUUUUCUCUAGUAGAUAUUAAAUGGGAUGGAGGAGACACAAAAAACAUUCACAAGAGACUUUUCCAUUCUUACACAACCUGAACAGUGUGCUCCCCCAACAGCUUUUCCUUCUGUGUGAGCCUUGGUUGAGAAUAACUAUUGUAUACAUUUAAGUUUAUAAUUUUUGAUAAGAAGAAAUGCCCAGUCUGUGUGUUUUGAAGGUCAUGCUACUUUUUAGCUGUAAAAUGUUCAUCCUUAUUAUAGGUUGUAGGCAUUAUGGAUUUACAAAAAAUGAAAAAGAAGUCCUUAUCAAAAGCUUAACAAUGUUUCUUUCUUAUUGUACCAGGAUUUGACACUUUGCUUGUUUUAGUAACAGAAAUCACAAUCUCAUUAAAUGUAUUCUAGUAAAUGAUUUCUUAUAUUACACCAUACGCUCUGUAUUACCCUCUACAAUCUGUGCAUUGAAAUGUAGAGAUUUGAUUCUAGCAUUCAGGGGGAGAUAUUGAAAAACAGAUAUUAAAUCAUUGUAAAAAAAUCAGCUGAAACUGCAAGUCAUUUAAUAAAACUUAUUCUCUCUGUGCCAAAGUAGAAAAGAAGCUCCUAUUGAGAGAAAAACAGGUACUCAAAAAAGAAAAAAGUGAGACUUUGAGUCAGAAAAUUAUGUGUGUUUCUCAAAGACAGACGGAUUGAUUUGUCUAAGGAAACAGUCUGAUGUUCCACGCAGGCGAUUCCGUUGUGGGGAGAAGGGAAUAGCAGCUGUGGAGAUUCAAGUGUUUUGGAAAACCUAAGUUAACAUGUCAAGCUGAGCUUCAUGAUACCAAACUAUUUCCAACAAUUAUGAAAAAGGACAGAGAAGAAGGUCCUUCUGACCCUCCAACCAGGGAUCCAGUGUCUGCUGAAAUAUCCAGAAAAGGUGGUGCUUCACUGACAAAUUUGGUUUCUAGUCUCUAAAGAAAGAUAUGACUAAUAUUGAGUUCUUUCACUUUUCACAUGGAAGUGGCUUGUUAUUUACCUAUUGCUUAUUUUUUGAACUAGACUUUUAAGUACUCAUUACCAAGGAUUUUAAUUUUAAAAACCAAGUCUACAGUACAAAUAUUUUCAGGCAAUAUUUGUAAAUAUCUAACAUAAGGAAACCUCUGAUGCUGGUACAUUACAAGCUGGAAGGGAGGUGCUACCUGAACCCCAGAGAACAUCUUAUCAAACAUAAGCCUUCUACAAUUACAUUUUGGAGAGUAAAUACUUGUUUUGCUCCAAAAUAAUCCCACAGGUUUGGCUACUAAACAAUAAAAUCUGUUCUGUCCAAUUGAUGUGUACUUUAAAAUUAAGAAAGAGAAAAUAUGUUAGUGUUAGGCUGAGGUUACCAGUCAACUAUCCUUUAAUUUAUUUUAUACUGUCUUCAAAUGCUCAUGAGCAGAGAUAAUGUAUAAAAGUACUUCCCAAUUCAAAUCUAAACACUUUGCACAUUGAGAAGUCCUGAGAAACAUUUUCACCAUUCAAUAUAAUAGUGAAG